AUGGCAGUCCAAGUCAUUGCUGUUCCUCCAAGGCCCCAGAGUGCCGAUCAUGAUGCAAGAGCCCCAGCCACCAGAAAAGCCCUGGUCAGUGUUGGUUGUCAUGAUCUCUCGAAAGGCACCACCACCGUGAUGGUUCCAGGAGAAGCUGAUCUUCCUUACUCAAGUACAUUCCACAUGAAUCGCAAUGCCAAUUUCUACCCAAAUCCAGCUGCUACGGUCAAUGUGGUUGUGGCCAAUCUGGAAGGGGAAACAUUUGAGUGGCUAAACAAGCAAGCACCUGAACUGGGGGAUCUCCAUCUCUUCCUCCUUGGAUUAAGAGCCAGGUUCAAGGACCCAUCCAUAGCCCUCAAAGUGGAGAAACAAAUUCAUAAGAUAAACCAAGAUGGUAGACCUGCGUUGGAAUACAUACGAGAGUUUUGCAAGGUAGCAGGGUCCCCCAGCAGUGCAAAAUCGGACGUGGAAUAUGGAGCUUGUCUUCCACAUGUCCAUGGCAAACUGGAAGUCGAAAAGUUAAGUUUUUGUUACAUCUGUGAAAACAAUGUACUGGGGCUGGAAAAAGCUUCAGAAGUUGAAAGUGAUGAGCAGAAUGCUUUGGCUUUGGCAUUUGCUGUAAAUACCAUCAAUGAAGCUCCAACAAUUUUGCCAAAUGUCACACUGGGCCUGUACAUCUAUGACACCUACUAUGAUGAUCGGAUGACCUAUUACAGUCUUCUCAAUUUGCUCUUCAAAUUGUGCAGUUUUGUUCCAAACUAUGAAUGUGGAGCCCCCAAAAAUGUAAUUUCUGUAAUUGGAGGUCUUGGAUCUGACACCUCUUUUCACAUGGCAGAUGUUUUAGGACUCUACAAGAUUCCACAGCUCACCUAUGGAUCAUUUGCUCCAGAAGAAAUUUUAACAACUGAAGUUCCGAAAUUUUAUCGCAUGGUCCCAAAUGAUAAAAACCAGUACAUGGGAAUUAUCCAUUUGCUUCUACAUUUUGGCUGGACAUGGGUAGGUCUUUUGACAGGAGGUGAUGACAGUGGAAAAUAUUUCUUAAAAACCAUAGAAGCCUUGUUUUUGGAGAAAGGAAUCUGUACCGCUUUCAUACAGUUGUUCCCAUAUCAAGGUCGUGUCUUUUCUCACAAUGACAUGGGUAAAUUUAGAAAUAUCCACGUGGAUCAGAGGGCCAAAGCCCUUGUUAUCUAUGGAGAUACUCUGACUUUUUUGUGGUUACUCACCUAUGAUGCAUUUCUUGUGUCUGAAAACACGUAUAUUGGGAAGGUCUGGAUCAUGACAGCCCAGAUGGAAUUUGCAGUAACGGGCGUAACCAGACGGAUGGAUUUUCAAAUGUUCCAAGGUGCUAUAUCCUUUGCAAUUCAUUCCAAAGAACUUCAAGAAUUCCAGAGGUAUCUUCAGAAGAAAAACCCAUAUCAGCCUGAAGGUGAUGGUUUUCUCCAGUUGUUCUGGGAACAUGUUUUUGAAUGUUCAUUUCCAAAUACUGAAGAGCCAUUGGAGCAAGAGGAACUAUGUACUGGGAAGGAGAACCUGGAUAAGCCUCCUCGGUCUGUUUUUGAAGUGAGAAUGAAUGGCCACAGCUAUAGUAUCUACAAUGCUGUCUAUGUGGUAGCUCAUGCUCUCCAUGCUAUGCGCUCAUCAAAGAUCAAACACAGAGUAAGAACAGGGGAACAAAGUCUUGAGUUUGAAAACCUGCAAUCUUGGCAGUUACAUGCAUUUCUUCGUGACAUUUCAUUCAACAAUUCAGCUGGAGAGAACAUGCAUUUUAAUGAAAAAGGAGAAAUUGUUUCUGGUUUGGAUAUAAUGCACACAAGGUUAUUUUCAAACAACUCCUUCAAAAAAGUUAGAAUUGGACAGGUAAAACCAACAGCUUUUGAAGGAAAACAAUUCUUUAUACAUGAUGAAAUUAUUGAGUGGCCUAAAACCUUUAACCAGGUAUGUCCUAUUUCUGUGUGCAGUGAUUCGUGCCAGCCAGGAUUUCAGAAACAAAAGAAGGAAGGGGAACAAUUUUGUUGCUAUGAUUGCUUACCAUGUCCAAAAGGAAAGAUCUCCAACAAGACAGACAUGGAUGAAUGUAUGCAGUGCCGAGAUGAUCAGUAUCAAAGCCAGAGCAAUGACAGCUGUUUCCCCAAAAUAAUAACCUUUCUUUCCUAUGAAGAACCAUUAGGAAUGGGUUUAGUCUCAAUUGUCCUUUGUUUUUCACUGGUCACAGGCUUGGUGUUGAUUACUUUUAUUAAGCACAGUGAUACAGCCAUAGUCAAAGCCAAUAACCGAGAACUCACCUAUAUUCUUCUUUCCUCUCUCCUGCUCUGCUUCCUCUGCUCUCUUUUAUUCCUUGGCCAUCCCCACAAAGUCACUUGCCUCAUUCGUCAUGUUGCUUUUGGUAUCAUCUUUACUGUAGCAGUUUCUUGUGUGUUGGCCAAAACAAGCACUGUGGUUCUUGCUUUCAUGGCCACUAAACCAGGAUCCAAUGUGAGGAGGUGGGUGGGAAAAAGUCUGGCCAACACCAUUAUCCUUUUCUGCUCUCUCAUUCAAGCUAACAUUUGCACUGUAUGGCUUGCCAUUGCUCCUCCAUACCCCAGGUUGGACAUGAAAUCCCUGCCAAGCGAGAUGAUAGCAGAAUGCAAUGAAGGCUCUACCUUUAUGUUUUACUUUGUCUUAGGCUACAUGGGACUUCUGUCCAUCAUCAGCUUCAUAGUGGCUUUCUUAGCUAGAAAUCUGCCAGAUGCUUUCAAUGAAGCCAAAUUCAUCACUUUUAGCAUGCUCAUGUUUUGCAGUGUUUGGCUAACUUUUAUCCCAACUUAUUUGAGCAGUAAAGGCAAAUAUAUGGUAGCUGUGGAGAUCUUUUCCAUUUUGGCCUCUGGGGCUGCACUGCUUGCCUGUAUCUUUUUUCCAAAAGUUUAUAUUAUCCUGCUGAGACCUGAGCUGAAUACUAAGGAGGGAUUGAUAAGGACAAAUAAUAAACAAAUGAAAUUGCAUACUCUUAUAUAA